AUGGACCAUGAAAUCUUAGUUGGACUCCUCAUGCAUUUUGACGGGAGUCACUGGGCCAAUUUAGUAUAUUCAAGCCGCAGUCCUUUAAACAUACAUCACCCAACGAUCCGCUUCCUGUUCCCCACGCACGAGCGCGCGUCGCCGCCACCGCCGGUCGCCCCGUCCUCGACUGGAUCUGGACCCUCCCUGCCGGGAUCCACGUGCCCAGCCACCUGCGCCGUCCCAUGCGCCAUCGCACGCCGGAGGACCUGCGCCUUGCCUUCCUCGCCAUCGAGCACAAAGGCGCUCGAUCCAGACGACGCCACCGUUGACCGCUCCUCUGCCUCGCCGCCUCCGCCGUCCCCAUGUGUCUCCUGGACAUGGAGAGAGAGCACGGGAGGGAAGGAGGAAGGAAGAGGGAGGCGUGGCCGUGGUUGGUUCUCCGGCGGCGUUGGAUCGGUGCAUGGCCGCAGAGCUCCUGCUCGGGGCCGCGAAGAUCUAGGGAGGGACUCGGGUGCGAGGCUGCGGGUCUAUGCAGAGAUGGCGCUGCUCCUUCAACUUUUGAAGAAUGCGCUGAGACAUCAGCUAGAUCCGCAGCUCAAGAUAGCUCCCUUGGUGAUUCUUUUCAAUGAAGGACUUGCUCUCCAGCAUGUGGUUUGGUAUUUCUUGACUGCAAGUAUUCAGCAGCUACAACUGAACUGAAGAUCAGCAAGUAUUUAAGCAACACAUAUGUUUGGUUCGCAUGUGUUAUAACCAGAUCAACGAAGUUUCUGCACAUCAUGAUUAAGGGGUGAAGAAAUCAUGUUUGCAAAUGGCCAUCGAUUAAACCGCAGUAUUUUCCAUGAACUGUGGUAACUC